GUCCUCAUUGGUUUAGCGUCUACACCAAUCGCGGGCGCUGACCCCCCUCUCUUUCUCUUUCUCCUCCCCCCCCCAAUCUUCAUCCAAUUUCGAUCUGUCCUACCAGCGAGUUGUUCUCAGCUUACAAUCCUGGGUAGUCCUAGUUACUAUCAUAAACCUGAAAUGCACAGGUUAGGUGAGAGGCACUAUGAUCCAACCAUUCCCGGUUGGCUCCCUCCCAGGCUAGUGCCUCAGUAAGGAUGAAGAAAUGGUUUGCCUGACAGGUUUGAAAGCUCUUCUUCCUUAUGCUAUCAGAAAUCUGAUUCGAUCAAAUAAACUCAACAUUAGCAAUACCUCCGGAAUGGCAGAAGGAUUUGUACAGGCAAAUGUUGUAAUUAUACAUAAAUCUUUUGCUGAUGACUUUGAAAAAUUUUGUCAAGCAAAUGAUGGACCACUUCCCUUGCUGUAUAGAAGUAAGCCAGGGGAAUGGAAAUGUCCUUUCUUGAGCAACAGUUCUGAUAUAAGAAGUGACUGCUUGCAAUACAAGAAAUAUGAACAUGGAAUAUCCACAGGAAUUUUGACAAAUCUAAAAGAAUAUUCUGAACAGUUUAAAGACAUGGUGACCUUUUAUCUAGGCUGUAGUUUUACAUUUGAAAAGGCACUCCAGAAAGCUGGCAUUCCUGUAAGAAAUGUGGAACAGAAAUGUAAUGUAAGCAUGUAUAAGACUGCUGUUCCUUGCUGUGAUACCGAAUAUUUUCACUGUAAUCUAAUAGUAACUAUGAGAUAUAUACCUAAAGAUAAACUGAAAGAGUGUGUGCAAAUCACUCAUCCAAUGAAAAAAUCACAUGGAGCACCAGUUCACAUUGGUUCUUCUGAUUUGUUAGGAAUUAAAGAUCUUUCCAGUCCAGAAUUUGGUGAUGCAGUUCAAGCUCAUCCUGGAGAUGUACCAGUCUUUUGGGCCUGUGGUGUAACAGGAAUAGAAGCUGUCAUCAAUUGCAAGGCUCCACUGGCUUUUACCCAUUCACCUGGUUGCAUGUUUAUCACUGAUUUGGAAAUUGAAGAUGAUGCAUCUGGUAAUGAUAAAGAUCUCCCUGAAGUCUACUGUAUUUCUCAGAAUCCUUUGCAUUAUAGCAUUGCUUCAACAGCAGCUGUAAAGAAAAUUAUAUGCUUAGAAAAUAUAAUAGCGAUAGAUCCAGGGAACAGAGGUGUGAAACAUCUGUUUUCUCCGGAUGAACUUCUAAAGGCCUGCCUGUCGCUUUCCCAUGCAAAGUCGGUGUUGAUUACUACAGGAUUUCCCACCCAUUUCAAGUAUGAACCUCCUGAAGAAAAUGAUGGGCCACCUGGAGCCAUUGCAAUGGCAGCAAUCUUGAAAGCCAUGGGAAAAAAUGUAGUUAUAGUAACGGAUCAAAGAGCUCUCGAUUUAAAUAGAAAGAUAAUCAAGGAAGCUGUUGAGCAAGAAAUACUGGAAACACCAGUUCCUGUAAUCAGUUACCAAAGCAAUUCUCCAGAUUCAGCUCUGCAGUUCUUAUGUGAAGAUGGGAAUCCAGAAAAACCAAGAUUUAAUCAUUUAAUAGCAAUAGAACGUGCUGGUGUGGCUACUGAUGGUAAUUACUAUAACGCAAGAAAAGUUAAUAUUAAACAUUUAGUAGAUCCCAUUGAUGAACUCUUUAUAGCUGCACAAACUCUCCCAGGAAUUACUACUACAGGUAUUGGGGAUGGAGGAAAUGAAUUAGGAAUGGGAAAAGUAAAAGAAGCCACAAAGAAGCAUAUUAAAAAUGGAGAUAUCAUAGCUUGUGACGUGGAAGCUGAUUUUGCGGUUGUUGCAGGUGUUGCCAAUUGGGGAGGCUAUGCAGUUGCUUGUGGACUAUAUAUCCUCCAUACGUGUGAAAUACAUGAUUGCUAUCUGAGGAAAGCUGUUGGAUAUCCCAGGUUUUCCAAGUAUAAGAACUGGGCAUCAGCAUUACCUUCUGUGGCUAAGGAAGAAAACAUGCUGAAGAUAUUACAGCAGCAUCACGUUCGCAGUGGGAUAACUGCAAGUUUGGCAAUGGAAGUGGAUGCUCUGCCGUUCUUUGACAUUCAUUCAAAUUUAAUAGAGAGGCUGCUGGAGGAAACUUUCAAAUAAUACUCCCUCUCUAAAAAUAUGGUAUAUUAAACACAUUCAGUCCAGAAUACCAUUACACUCCCUGAUCAGAUAUCCUGCCACAAUUUACUAUUCCAAAUAUUAUAAGGUAGAAGAACCUGUGAUCAUACAGUAAAUUACUGGAAUAAUGUCAUUGCUGAAUAUAUUUUUCAGAAUGAUGUCUUUUUUCAAUUAUUUGACUAAAAUAUAUCAACAAUAAAUUAAUUGAAAAUGUAUUUCCUUAGAUUUAAACAAGAUCCAUCUGUGCCGCAUUUGCCAGAUGCCAUGUUAAAACUGUAAUUUAAGCAGUAGUCAUUUAAUUUGACUGCAAGAACGAGUCAACUCUAUUUUUCUCUGAAUUUCAUUUCCGAAAAUCCAAGGAUGCCUCCAAAGGAAAGUUGCAGACACUGUUUUGAAAUACUUUCUUCUCUCCCAUAAAAUAAUAAGAAUGGAACAGCCACUUCUUGCUUUGACAACAGAUGGAAAUGUAGCCAUUUUUUCUCUUUCGCUUUUAGAGUUAAUUGAUGCUGGGAGGGGGGAUUGGCUAAGAGUCCAGUUAGUCAUAACAAUAAUAACUCAGCCAUGGG